AACAAUGGCGGGGAUCACAAUCAAUUUGAGGAGUCGCCCGAUUGGCGGCUUGGGUCUAAUUUGCGGCCACGUGCCAGACCUGGUCCUUUGCAAAACCCGUUACCUACCAUCGCCAAACGACUCUCGGACUUGGACUCGGACUCAUUCACGAGACGACCCAUGACCUGACGGGUCGAGCCGUCGAGGAAUAUGGCGCAUCGUUGCCGGUCCUCGGAAAGGAUGCGAUGCGAGUCUAUAAAAUAGGCCCUCCGCAGGUUCAGCACAACACCAUCCUCCCCUCGCCCUUCUCCUCCAGCUCCUCCAACUUCUCGACAUGCCUUCGAUCACUUCCUUCCUGCAGCUGUCUGCCCUCGUCGGUGUCGCGCUUGCGCUUCCGGGCAACCUGGCCGUCAUCGAGAACGACAAACGCGCGUCCUGCACGGUCAACAGCGUGGCGAGCUCGAAGAACCUGAGCGGAUGCUCCAACGUCGUCAUCCAGGGCUUCACUGUGCCUGCUGGAAACACGAUCACGAUCGCCGCUGCCAAAGGCGCGACGGUCACCAUGGCCGGCGAUGUCGUGUUCGCGAAGACGACCACCCCUGGUCCUCUCUUCACGUUCAACACCCCCGCGAUCAACUUCAACGGCGGGAACCACAAGAUCGACGGCAACGGUGCCUCGUACUGGGACGGCAAGGGAACCAACGGUGGCUCGUUCAAGCCGCACCCGUUCAUCAAGGUCAAGGGCUACGGCACCUUCCAGCAGUUCACCGUCCUCAACUCGCCGGCGCAGGCGAUCUCCGUCGGCACGACCGGCGGUGCGGCGGCCAUCUCGCAUGUCACGGUCGACAACUCGCUCGGCGACUCCAAGGGCGGACACAACACCGACGCGUUUGACGUGAGCGCCGACGACGUCACGAUCUCGUCGUGCACGGUCAAGAACCAGGACGACUGUCUCGCGCUGAAUGCGGGCAACAACGUCGUGUUCGAGGACAACAGCUGCGCGGGCGGGCACGGGAUCUCGAUCGGGUCGAUGGCGUCUGGGAAGAGCGUGACGAACUUCAAGGCGCUGCGGAACACGGUGACGAACAGCUUGUACGGGAUCCGCAUCAAGGUGCAGGCGUCGGCGACGGGUGCGAAGGUCGCGAAUGUGGUCUACGAUGGCAACAAGCUGUCUGGGAUCACGUCGUACGGCGUUCUGAUCACGCAGAGCUACCCCGCCAAUAACGGCAAGCCUGGAACUGGGGGACCGAUCUCGGGUGUGAGCUUCUCUGGCUCGCCGACGACGGUGUCUGGGACCAGCAACGCAUACGGUCUGGUGGUCGACUGCGGAGCUUGCACUGGCACAUGGGACUUUUCUGGGCUGGACAUUGUGGCUGCAGGCAAGGGCCACUCGAUCGCGCUGGACAAGGCCAAGCUCUCCGGUGGCCACUACUGAGCGCCCCGUCUCCACUUUCAUCCUCGGCAGGGGGAUGGAAACGCAAUCGUCUCAUUGCUUUGGGGUCUCGCAUUCUUCAAUCAGGAUAUACCAAUAUAAUUUGCUUUAGUUUCCUCGUUUUCCCAUAUGCAAUACAUGUGCCCUUCUCUCGGAUCCGUCGCUGCAAUCUUCAGGUCUCAAUCUCUUCUCGAUGGUCCCGUAAGCUUGGACUUGGCUAUAUCUGUUAGCCAGAACGUACCUCGACGGUCGCGUCCCGGCUGGACGUGCUGCCAGUCUCUUCACUGUUAUCAACCGCGACGGUUCCGAGCUCUGUUUUGAGUCAUCGUUCUCCAUGUUGACGCAAAUCUCCUUGACCAAGCGACUUCCCCCUGAGUUACAUCAUGCCAUGGCCUACCUACACUCGAGCGAAG